AUGGCUGAGGAACUAGACGAGAAGGUUUUAGACAGUCUUGCGGAAAUCGACAAACUUUAUACGGUAUUUGAUGGAGCGUCACAAGAAGAUGUGGCGCAUGCAAAGUUGUUCUGGAACUCGCUCUCCUUACAGCCGCCAAUAGAGUCUCGUCUCGUAUCUGCUGACGUCAGGCAACGGUUAAAAGUGGCGAAGGGCUCGCACUCCACAAAUGCUGCCACAAAGCUCACAUCACAGUCAAAGAGAGAUGAAAUCCAUCAGGAUGUUUACUUGAAACAAAAGCAAGAGGAGAGGCAGAAAUACAUGGAGAUGGCUAAGAAACGAGAUCAGAUUAUUGCCCUUCUGAAAAAGCAGAGAUAUGAGCGUAUUAAGAAGGAGAUGAUUUCGAUCCAACACAAACCUAGAAAAGAAACCCUAGAAGAACGACUUGCAUCAAAGACCAUUUCAUCACCUGUGAAUGAGGAUCAGAAAGAGGUUCAAGAGCUCCAGUAAAACACAUUGUUAAUAUUAAAGACUAGUCUAAGAUAAAUAAAUAAAAAAUGUCAUUUUAUCAUGCUUCUGACCCCCAAAGCACAUAUGUAUGUUCAAGAUAUUUAUUGACA